UGUAAAACCACAAUAAGGACUUCGACCUACCAAGCAAGCUUUCAUAAAUCAUUGGGUACAGCGCAAGAAAAACGUAAAACGAGUAAUCUGAAAUGGGGGCAUAAUUCAUAUACACAUUUACACGUUAACAUACAUCAUUAAGACCUCUAAGAAAUAAUGUCUGGGGGUGAAAAUACAAAAAUACGGUCGGAAAAGAGUGAAUUCUACUAAAUCAAAUGCCGAAAUUAGUAUGCAGUUUAAUUAAGUAUAUAGUACGCUUGUGUUGGUAUUCGGACAUUACCACUGAUCAUAGGAGAGUUGAUGUGUAAUGUAAUAAGUAGUACCGUAUUUCAGAGAACAGUGCGCAUGGAUGUUACAUUUAACCACGCCUUUAGAGCUAUGACGACAACCAAUAAUAUAAUUGAUAUUCUGUGUAAAGGGAAGUUAAGUGAUAACAAUUUCCACGUUAGCGUGUUUGUUGUUGUUUGGACGUUUAUUAACACCCUGGAACUCAAACUCGUUUAACUGCACAGCGUCACAUAUUUACCUCAGGGAGUCUUUAAUUCACGUUGGAGACAAUACUCGAUGUUAUUUUUCUAGGUAACGCUAGCUGGCUAACUUCGUAGUUAACGUUAGCUAACAUGGCUAACUGUGUAGUUUUUCACACUCAAAUAGCCUCCAUUAUGGAGGUGCUAGCGAAUGCAGCCGUGGCAGAGGUCUGUAAACUCAUAGACGACGACUAUGCAGUGUUUCGUUUGGAAAUGUCUCAAAGCCAAAAAGAAAACCGGGGAUUGCGGAGGAAACUACAGAUGCUGGAACUGAAGGUGGCACGGGAGCGUCGUCCCAGUAGUAUCAAGAUCCUCGAUCGAUACAGAGGAAUGGCAAGAGGUGAAGGACAUCUCACUGAAGGCCACAGGAGCUUUGUGAAGCCAGUGGGACACAAUACAUGGAGAAAUGACCAACCAAUCACUAUUGAUGAGGGGAGUGGAACCUCAACCCAGCACGUUAUCGUGAUAGAGGCUGCAGAGGCUAGAGGUCCUGGGGUCAAGCAGGAGAGGUCUGAAGGAGUGGAGGACCCACGACACAGCAGAGACAUCCAGACAGUAGAAACCACUGGAGUAGCGCCCCCUGUAGCCACGGAAGACUUACACACCGCUGCUGCGCCCAAGCCUAGGACACGACGCAGCAUCACGGAGGAGGAGGAGGGUCCAGAGGUGCUGCUGGUGAAGGAGGAGGGGUGUGAGGAGGGUCUGGGGAACCCUGAGGGGACCAUGGUCAUGGAGGACAACCAGACUACACCACCUCCUGAACCCACAGAGAAACUAGCUGAGCAGCACAGGACCACACACAGUCUCACUGAGUCAGUAGACAUGGAGGAUGGGAAGCCUGACCUGCUACUGGUCAAAGAGGAGACAAUAGAAGACGGACCAGAGAUCAUUGAUCUGCUGAGUGGACUGAAGAUGGGGGAGCAAGGUGGUUGGCUGGAGGCUAACAGAGGAGACUGGGUGGCCAUCUUGGAUUCCCAGACUCAGAUGGGUGCAGCCAAGGACCCAGGGGACAAUAUCACCGAGCAGACCAGGACCAGAGACAACAUAGUGGAGGUCAGUGGAUUGGACAACGUCCUCAACUCUGGGCUGAGGAACAACACUGUUAACCACAACCAGAAACAGGCAGUCGAACACAAAACAACAUCCGAACUUAGUCUCCGUGACAACAGACUGGCUGAGACCAGGGUGAGGCGUAGAUUUGGUCUGCGGGGACGAGGAAGUGUCCGUAUGCGGCAGGAGAGAACAGACACAGACUCUGCUAGCGAUGCUCCGUCCUGCUCCUAUAGUUGUGAUUCAGAGAGACUGAUGACUCCUCAGGUUAACCCCCUAACAGGUGCUGCCUUCAGCCUGCCUUCUAUAGGAUCUAUCAACUGGAACAUGGAACCUGCCACAACACAGACACUCCCUGGCCUUCAUCCUCCUCACACUCUCCUGUUAAACCAGACCUCAGACAAUGCCAGUGGCUCAACACUAAAUGGCUACACAAGUCCAUUGACAAAUUACAGUAGUUGUAACUCCAUCAGUAGAUCUAGUGGCAAAGAGAAGCGCUUCCCGUGUUCAUUCUGUGGGAAAGCCUUCAGUUUCCCCAAACAGGUGGAGAUCCACCAGAGGAUUCACACGGGAGAGAAACCGUUUGGCUGCCACCAGUGCCGGGCCAGUUUUUCACAUUUGUCCAGCCUGAAGAGGCACCAGAGGGUCCACACAGGGGAGAAACCAUUUGGCUGCCACAUGUGCCGGGCCAGUUUUUCACACUCGUCCAACCUGAAGAGACACCAGAGAGUCCACAGAGGGGAGAAAUCCUACAGCUUCCCCAGUGUGAGGAGAGGUUCUCACACCAGCAUCAGCUGAAGAUUCAUCUGAAGAUCCACACGAGAGAGAGGCCAUUCAUCUGUACGCACUGUGGGAAGGAAGAAGUUCUCAGAGAGAAGGUACUUCAGGAUACACCAGCAGAAAAUGCACACAGCCCAUGUAGUGUAUAGCCCUCAAACUCAACUCUUGACCUGGAACCCAGUUCCAUUGCAUUUUUUACUUGUUCUCCUCUAAUCAGGCACUGAUUUAGACCUGGGACACCAGGUGGGUGUAGGGCUGUUAGUUGCAGUCACGAGUCAUUACAGCAAUCAAAUUCCAAGUGACCAUUUUGUCAUGGUAAUUUGGCUUCUGAUCAUUAGUAGCAUACCAAACUUGCUAAACUGCCUGGUGCUCAGCAUUCGAUUGUCCCUCUUAUCACUCGGACAGCAAUGCGAAUGUCAUUGAAAAUCGAAUCAAACACUUCAUGAGCUUAUGUUGCGCAACAUUUCUAUAGGCUAUGCAAUUGCAUGAGAGUGUGAUGGCCUCUAUUAAAAAGAGGAUCCCAUCAUCUUUCUAUAGGCUAGGCCUACUAUAUUUCUUAACUUUCCUAAUAUUAAGCACAUUGCUUCUCUUUACAACAGGAGUAUAGCCUACCUGGCUGGCAUGAAAAUGAACCACGGGAAAAGCAGCUACCAUUAGCUAUUCUUUUGCUCCUGUUUUAAGACAGGUGCAUGAUAACGGUCCAUUCCAAAUCAAAACUCAUUUCACACACAUUAUUUAGCAUAUGUAAAAAUCAGAUUAAAUCAAGAAUAGACUGAUGGAUAGUGUUUGACUUGUGAAUGAUGCGUAUUCCUUUUUUUUUGCGACUUUUUCGAAUCAUAGUCACACCUCAUGUAGCCUAGCCCAUAGGCUUGGAUAAGGUUUGAUUCACAACUAAAGUGGCAAAAUAACAUCUUAAAAUUACGCAUAUUAAUCCACGUUACAAGGGGUGUAGAGCCUAACUGGCAUACAUACACAGCGCGUGAGUGUCAAGAUUCUUAAAUGCACCUUUAAUAAAAGGUGCAUAAUCGCAUUUGCUAUGAGAAUGUUUUCCUGCUAAUGGAGUAUUCACGCUUAGCCAACUGCUGUGUGCGCAUUUCUGCGCUUAUAAUGUGAAGAAAAAUCCUUAGGUUAUCAACAUUUUAAGCUAAUUGUUCUGAUCUUUUUUGUCAGCCACAUUGCUUAAAAAAUAAAAUAAAAUUGACACUAGUAGCUAUAUUAAUUUGGGAUCUAUUGCAUCCCACAACUGUCCCAGACUGUUUGGAAUAUUUAUUUUUCGCAGAAUAGAAUUGGUCAACUUUUGUACUAUGGGGGAAUAGUAGAUUUACAUAGGCCAGUGCUUUUGCUGUUCGUUGGCUGACAAAGUAAAUGUAGACAGUUCUUCCAAUAUCUUCAAUAUGCGCCUUGAAAUUGAAUAAGGACAUGCACAGUUGCGUCCCCGAUGUGUCGGUCUCCACUUGUAGCCUGUGAGAAAGACCCGAUCACGUGACUGAGAGCCGCUUCAGAGCACUGUGGUUGUUAAUUUCUGUAUUACCAAAUGAGGAGAAACAAACUUCACACAGAGUUAUACUUAAACUACAUCUUUAAUAAUAAGAGCUUUGCAAUAGCAUUGACUUUCAAUUAAUCCCUAUUUCUAAUGAACCAUUGAGUGACAACACAAAAGUACAAAGAUCUUUUAUAGCCAAGAUACACCCCUCUCGACCUACAUGACGCACAACCGAUACAUAGAAUGGUCACAAGGUUAAGAUUUAUGUGAAAGGUAUCUAUAAUACAUAGCAGACAGCAACUGCUGUGUCAACAGUUUAUUGUACAGACCAGUGUCUGGCCCUCCUACUCCAAACUGGAACGGUAUCUUCCUGGUACGGUAUAGAACAAAAACACCAACUCAUCCAAUGGCAUAACUCAAUUGUCAACCCUAGAUACUCCCAUCUCAAGUAAAACCCCUUGACACCACUCCUGGACAAGCUCACUGAGGGGAGUGAGUCUCUAGGUCAUAUACUAUCCCAGGAUAAGUACAACAUCAGAGAGGACAUACAAUGGUUCCAUACACCUCCCCCCAAUGCCAAAGGAGGGCGCACAGACAUUGGAGACUAAGUAAUUGGUACCCCAUUAAUCACGCCAUCCCUUCACAUGGUUUAAGAAUAGGAAGACACAUUCACAUAUGAAGACAAUGUUCCAUCCUGUCCUCUUCCCUUUCUGAUAUUCUGCAUAGCACCAGAAACGUGUAAAAUACAAGCCUGACCUCUCCCCUCUCUGGGCCCCAAGUGACUGAGCCCCAGCUGAGGUAAGAAGUGCAACUGCCAACACCAGAGUCCAAAGGGAUACAUUCUGAUUCAUCCGCCACAGCACCCAACCAGGAGAAGGGAAUUAUUUCCAGGCAUGUUUUUUUUCAGGAGGCAUUACAGCUACACAAAGGGUAUGCCCCUGGGAAAUUCGAGGCAUUAUCAAGUGCUUGCCAAAUUGUAAUUGAGGCAGCUAAAAUGUGUACAUCCUGCACACAAAAAAAUGAAAGCAGAGCUCAUUCUUUUUCAAACCCUCAUUAGUUGCACCAUGCAGCCUUAAUGUAUAUCACAUUUACUUGAAUAACUCUAAAUUAAGCAUAUGAGUACCUGUUUCUUUAGGUUGGUGUUUUAUAGUGAGAUAAUGCCUUAAUUUACUUGACAAAGUAGUGAAGAUGUAAGAAUUUCCAAGGUAUUCUAAAAUGCAUUUUAUCCAAGCGAGGGUACCAUAUUAUAGAAAAGGUAGGGUUUAGUGAGAAAGUAAUUCUACUUACAUUUGUCAUUUUGCAGACACUCUUAUCCAGAGUUACUUACAAUUAGUGUAUUCAUCUUAAAUGGCUGCAUUGGGCCUUUAUCUCAAUGUCAAGUAUCUAAGUGUAGGCUAGGGCGGUAUACUGGGGCAUUUGGAAAUGGGCAUGGAAUGUUUUUUUUCAAUACCAUUAACUAUUAUAUGUAAUUAAAGUACUGUACUUCACGCUGACUGACUUGGUUAUUGUUUUGUAAUCAUCUUUCUAUUAGAAUGUUAUUUUCUUUUAACAGGGGUUACACAGACAAGAGUGCACCACACAGACUAAGUACAAUAACAUGAAUAAAGAGCAAAAUCUUAUACAAAAAGGCAGAAAUGUAUCUCGUAUGCUUAUGGAGGUGCAUUUGGGGUAAACCCUUUCGCAGAUAGAAGCCCAUUCUUCCUCACCAAAUGCAUGUCCAACGUCUCUCCCAAACAUGUCUCAAUGAGGCACUUCUGUUCGAUAAAAUAGAAUAUGUCAGAGAUUAAACCUCUCCGAACAGUAGGAUUUGUUAAUAGUUUUUCAACUUCAGUCAUUUGAAAACGUAGUUCGACUUUCUUCUGACCCUCUGAAGUGUCUCAGUUGUAGGCACUUAAAAAAAUAUUUGUUGUGUAAGUCAAACUCAGUUUUUAUUGGUGGGAACAAUUUAAGAGUGUCCUGAGUAAAUAAAAAGGCAUGAGGUCAGCAAAACUCUUCAACUUCCAGU